AUGAUGAAGCAAGACUCGAAUCCAACUACCACCACCAACCACCCUACAUUAGCCACCGUCUGCGGCCACUGCGGCGUCGAAGAACGGAAGCUUCUCCACAACGUCCGUCUCCGAGGUAACUUCCGACGCCUUUGCACCACUUGCGUCCUCCGUCUCCACACUCAGUACUUCUGCCCCGCUUGUCUCGGCGUCUACGAGCGUUCUCCUCCCGUUGACGCCGUCGUUUGCUACAAAUGCUACUCUUCCUCUCACCCUAACUGCGUCUCCUCUCCACCUGUGAGCUCAAUCGCAUCUUCGCGCGGAUCGUCCCCUUGUUCAUCCUGCUUAAACCCUAACGCGCUUGUUUUGAAUCUCAAUAGACUGGAAAACGGGACUAGGACUGGUGGUAGGGCGAUCGAUAACAAUGCGGCGAGACUACUAUAUGCUGCAGGGAGGAUAGCGUCCAUGUCGAUGAAUAAGGCGGAGGUGGCCGCAUCUACAGAAGCCGAGAGGAGAUCGAAGGAGGCAGCCUAUACGAAGAAAAGAGCAAGGGAAGCUCUCGAUCAUGUUGUGUAUCUAAUGGUAAAGGAAAAACGAAUCGCUGUUGAAACUAAUAAGAGAGUUGUCACUGCAAGCAACAGUGUUGCCGCCACUGCCGCCACACCAGUGGCGGCAGCGGUGGUGGUGGAUGCUAGUGUUGUGAACAACAAACUCGAUGCUUCAAAUGAGGUAUUGGAAGCUUUGAAUGCAGUGGAGAUAAAAGAGAAAGGAAGGCAGCUGCAAGAAAAGGGUAAUGGAGUGGUCGUAAUGGAUGUAGAUGUUGUUAAUGGUAAAGGUUCAGGGGUCAGUUCUAAUUCUGUUUCUGAAAAUGGAUCUGUGAAGACUGAUCAUUUGGGGAAGAGAAGAUUGAAGAUUGAAGCUAGCAAUUUCUAUGUACAACACAAAUUUCUUGAUAGUUGGUGAGAUUAGGUUGUGAUGAUAUGAUUAAUCUAUGGUUAAGAUUUUGCAAAUUGCCUACAAGUCAAACUAUAUUUAGCUUUUUUGUGGUUGCCUUUGUUCUUGAUUGUUUGAAGGGUAAAUUUGAUAGAAAUUUGUUUUUUUCAUCAAGUAGCAUCUUCUUACUUGAAACCCCUUUUCUAUUUUUUGAAGAAGGGUUAAAUCUUACACAACUUUUACUAUUAUAAUUGGGU